UGCUCAGCAGACAGGACUGUUUUGCAGAGUCUCGGAAAGUAAGGAGACUCUGCGGGAGCAUCCUCCUGCAGCAGGGGUCCCAGGGGGACACCAUGAAGUCCUGGAAGGUGGUUGUGGUCUCCUUCUGCUACUACCACCUCUGCAUGUGGGCUGCCAGUCACCGCAGCAGAGCGCUGUUUCCGUCGGCGUCUCGAGUGAAGAGGGGACUGGCGGAGAUGGUCAACCCCAUCUUCCAUAACUCGGUAGAAGACGUCAACCUGCUCUUCGAGAUUCUGCUGGCCUGGCUGCCAGUCCUGGAGGAGAGCGGCUCCUUCUACGUACCCGAUGAGGAGUUGGCCUCCAUGCGGCAGACCCAGAAGCUGGGGCUGAUCUAUGAGGACGUCCUGCCCCAGAGGCUGACAGACAUCCGCCGCCUGGGCGCUCACCUGUCCCGGCGCCAGGCGCCCUUGCGCAGGGAGGACUUUGAGCGCACCGUGCUGACCAUGGUGUACACGGCCAGUAGGAUGGCCAACACCACGGGCCACCAGAGAGAAGCCUGGGUGGACUCCUUCGUCAGCCUGUACAGAGCUGUAAAGCAAGAUCUGACCCCCAGGACUCCAUAACCAAACCAUCAGAGAUCGCCACUGAACGUUGCGCUCAUUGCAGUUCCCCUAACACCUCGUUGUCUUGUGCAUAAUAUAUAUUCGGUGUUUACCCUUUCAUGUAUGGGAGGGGAAAACAAAAUAUUUUUUUAUGAAAUCCGUUAUUUUAUAGUUUUUGCAGAGAAUUAAAACAAUCGAUUACUGUUUUUACAGCACUAUAGAUUCGCAUUAGAGGUAAAUAUUGGUCUGUUGAUUGCGAUGUUAUGUAAGCAUUAUACGUACUGAUAUGCAUCUUAUAUGAGUGAAUCCAUGACCGAAGCCUGAAAUGCCUAUUAGUCUUUUGGGAGGAAGUCUGACAGCUGGUUUUUCAUGUGACUUUGCAUUAUCGUUCCAUCCUGUAGCCAUUAAAUCGGCUCCUGUUCUCUGCUGUCGAAAUAAAUGCGUGACUGUG